GCCACCUUAUCCCAGAGUCACAUCAGAGCAGGCACCCAGAGACAAGGGGGUGGUCUGCUUCCCCACAACAGGACCAUAGGCUCCUGAGGUCCCUAUUCCUUCCCUACAGCCACAGAAAAUUUCCUGGGCGGACAGUCACAGGCAGUGCUGGGAGCAGCAGCAGCAGCAGCCAGCAGCCCAGCUGGAGGCAAGAGGCAGCAGCAGCAACAGCAACAGCAGCAGCAGCAGAAGCAGAAGCAGAAGCAACAGCAGCAGCAGCUCACUGGUUAGGGAGGAGGGGCAGGCCCCUCCCGGCCACGUCUCAACUGGUGCCCCCUCCUCCUUCUGCCUGGCCAUUUGAGUUGUCCAGCUUUCGGCCACCCUGGUCACCGGAGCUACAGGGUGGGCUAAAAAUAACCUGGGGACCAGCCAUCACCCAGGGAGCAGGUGCCGGCUGAGGAAGCAGGAUCCCGGGGACCCUGUGUGGAGGACCAAGCCAAGGCAGGCAGAGCACUCCCGGUCCUCUCUCAAGCCCCACCCAGGCUAGCGUCCCUCCUCCCUGUUAACCCCUCUCGCCUCCUCUCCCGGGCCUGCGGAGGAGGUCACUCGUGCUGGAGGAAACCCUGCCACCAGCCUCAGGAUGGGCAGCUGCGGCAGGAAGGUCCUUUGGGCUCUGAGCUUCCUGCUGCUACUGGGUGCCAGCUCUGCCCAGGGCACCUGGGGGGCAUUGCUGCCUGCCAGGCUGGCCGAGAAGUUCCGAGCUGAAGAGGUUGCACCCACGGGACCCCGGCAGCCCCGCGCAGACCGCUGCCCACCGCCCCCACGGACACUGCCCCCAGGGGCCUGCCAGGCCACGCGCUGCCAGGCUGACUCCGAGUGCCCACGACACAGGCGCUGCUGUUACAAUGGCUGUGCCUAUGCCUGCCUGGAGGCUGUGCCACCUCCGCCAGUUCUAGACUGGCUGGUGCAGCCCAAACCCCGAUGGCUUGGUGGCAACGGCUGGCUGCUGGAUGGUCCUGAGGAAGUGCUACAAGCAGAGGCAUGCAGCACCACUGAGGACGGGGCAGAGCCACUGCUGUGUCCCUCAGGCUAUGAGUGCCACAUCCUGCGCCCGGGGGACGCGGCCCAGGGCAUACCCAACCGUGGGCAGUGUGUUAAGCAGCGGCGACAAGCGGAGGGGCGGGUCCCGAGGCAGAGGCUUCACAAGGAAUACCCAGAAGGUGACUCCAAGAACGUGGCAGAACCUGGGAAGGGGCAACAGAGGCGCUUUCAAUAAAGUGAAGAUCUGAAGAUCGGCAGGUAAGUGCAGCCUUUGCCGGACCUUUCCUCUGAGUUCCACAUGCUAAGCCUUGGAAACAGCAAAAGAAUUCGACCCUAGACAUGACACCUGGUUCCACAGAACAGUAUUCCAGAGCUCCUGGGAAAUGGGACUCCAGACCCCCCACCCCACCCCAGUGUGGCCCAGCCUGGCGCAGUGACUUGUUGGAAGUCCCUGCCCAGCUCUGGGUCCCUGCUCAGCACCCUGAUCAAGUGAAGCUGAAGCUUCUAAGCGACUUUUGCAGAUUUUGGCCGUGGCAGGCACUUAUCUAUCCCAAUUGUUCCCAAAAUAAAUCUGCCCACCACGUCACAGAGAGGAACUCCUUUA